GGCGCCAAUAGGAUCUCACUAGCUCGUGCUUGGCUCUGCCCACCUUGUUUGUUAUACCCACUAUGAUUUAAUUUGCUCACGUUGGAAACGACAGGCGCUGGUCCAUCUUGGGUUAGCGAGUUAUACAAAUCUUUGAUAGGGACGUUCCAAGGAUCCCGGAUAGCUUGGACCAUAAUGAUACAGCAGUGCACAGCUGAUAGAUGUUAGCCAGGCAGUGUAACAAAUGUAAACAAGCUAGCUGUCACAAAUCUGUGCAAGAUACACCGUUUCUGUGAGGAGACUGCUACAAACAAGUAAAUGUUCCGGCCAACAAUGGAGCAGAUACACGGCUUGUCAUCGUCUUUUGUAUUCUUCCCGAACCAUCGUUUUGGCUAAAUGUCAAUGACAUCUCAUACAGCUAGCUAGCUACAUAGCUAACUAAGGCCAGGGAGAGCUUGCUGGUGACUACGGUGACCACCUCAUGAAGCUGGUUGAGAAUGCCAAGAGUGUGCAAAGCUGUCAUCAAGGCAAAGGUCCAAACAGUUGCCCAACAGUGGGAGGAGAGGUGUGUAACUGACUCCUUGACUGCUGGCUCCUCUGGCAUUUCACCACCACCAACAGAGCCAUGACUACAUCAGGUUGCUGCCACCUGCCUGGCUCCCUGUGUGACUACUCAGGCAGCGCCGACCUGCCAAAGGUGGUAGAGGAGCCAGAUGCUGGCCAGGCCCAGUACGUCGCCAAGGUUACGGCCAAAGAUGGUCGCUCACUCUCCACUGUUGUCAAAGCUGUGGGCUCACAGAGUAAUGAAGGCAUGUGUCGGAUCUGCCACGAGGGGGCCGGUGGUGAGACGCUGCUCUCCCCUUGUGACUGCACAGGGACCCUGGGUAAGGUGCACAAGAGCUGCCUGGAGAAGUGGCUGUCGUCCUCCAACACCAGUUACUGUGAGCUCUGCCACACAGAGUUCACUGUUGAACGGCGACCCCAACCCCUUACACAGUGGUUGCGGGACCCGGGGCCUCGCAGUGAGAAGCGCACGCUGCUGUGCGACAUGGCCUGCUUUCUGCUUAUCACGCCACUGGCGGCCAUCUCAGGCUGGCUGUGUCUGAGGGGAGCCCAGGACCACCUGACCCUCAACAGCCGGCUGGAGGCCGUGGGACUCAUUGCCCUUACCAUCGCCCUCUUCACCAUCUACAUCCUCUGGACACUGGUAUCGUUCCGCUAUCACUGUCAGUUAUACUCAGAGUGGAGGAGGACCAAUCAGAAAGUGCGCCUGCUAAUGCCCGACAGAAAAGGAGCGCACUCCACCCAACAUUCCGUGCCGACGAAGUCAACCAAGAAAAUGACUGACGAGACCAUCGUAUGAGCACCGAGCGACGUGUUCUCGCAAAUAAAGUGUUUAUAUAACUCGAACCUCUGCGCUUAAGGACCAUUCUGGGGGAUUCUUUUUCCAUAUUCAUUUUUGAAGCACUUGAGCCCAGAUAUGAACUAUAACCAUUUUGAUUUUGGGACAUUAUGGACUCGUAGAAGGACGUGUCACUGAUGUCAUCGCCGGAUUAUGAACACUGGACUGGAACAUAAGGUCACGGCCAAUAGUGGGAUGCAGCAUGUUAAUACAGUAGAUCUGAAACAUACUACCCCCCCCCCCCCCCCCUCAACUGCCAUCCAAUAGACUCAUGAAUUUACUCACUCAGAACGACCAUGUGAACGACCAAGUCUAAAUAUGAUGUUCUCUGUUUUUAAAAUCUUUGUCCUUUUUGUAGCUGGUAGAAGAUGGGGGGAGGAGAGAGAGAGAGCGAGCGGGUGGGCUUUGGUGUCAGUCAAUGUAUGCAAAAGUAUUUGAUGUAAUUUUAGUCUUCCUGUUGCACUCCUUUGAGUAAGCUGGGUCAUUGUGGAAUAAAAUAUAAGGGACUCUUGUACAAUG